AUGACUGAGGAAAAGAAAACUUACACCAUCCCCUACCGUUCCCAGCUCCAGGAGAAGUUCGAGCCCGGACAGACCUUGAUUGUGAAGGGAUCCACCAUCGACGAAUCCCAGAGAUUCACCGUCAACUUCCACAGCAAGUCCGCCGACUUCUCAGGUAACGAUGUUCCCCUCCACAUCUCGGUCCGAUUCGAUGAGGGAAAGGUAAGGGUUUUGUUGAAUUAAACAUAAGGCAAAAAAUAGAACUUCGAAUUUGAUCUUUCGAAAGUUUAAAUACACAAUUUUGUCACAUUUACUUGACUUGUGAGUUCUCUCGGACCUGGAUAAUAUUGUCUUUGUUUGUUUCCAGAUUGUCCUCAACUCUUUCUCAAAUGGUGAAUGGGGCAAAGAAGAGCGCAAGAGCAACCCCAUCAAGAGGGGAGAACCCUUCGAUAUCCGAGUCCGAGCUCAUGAUGACAAGUUCCAGAUCAUCGUUGACCAGAAGGAGUUCAAGGAAUACGAACACCGUCUCCCUUUGAGCAGCAUCUCUCACUUCAGCGUUGAUGGUGACUUAUACUUACACACCGUUUCAUGGGGAGGAAAAUACUACGUAAGAAACAAGAUCAAAUUGUUGUAGUAUGAAAAGUUGUCUCUUUAUGUCAAUUGUUUUUAGCCAGUCCCAUAUGAAAGCGGAAUUGCCAGCGGGUUCCCAGUCGGAAAGAAAUUGGUGAUCUACGGAACACCCGAGAAGAAGGCCAGACGCUUCAAUAUCAACUUGUUGAGAAAGAACGGUGACAUCGCCUUCCAUUUCAACCCUCGUUUCGAUGAGAAACAUGUUGUCAGAAACGCUCUUCAAGCCAAUGAAUGGGGAAACGAGGAACGCGAGGGCAAGAUCCCGUUCGAGAAGGGAGUCGGCUUCGAUCUGGUCAUCGUCAACGAGCCCACCCACUUCCAGGUGUUUGUCAACGACCAGCCCUUCACCUCCUUCGCCCAUCGAUCAGAGCCCAGCGACAUUGCUGGUCUUCAGAUUCAGGGAGAUGUCGAGAUCACUGGCAUCCAGAUCCAUUAA